UUAUAUUAAUAUAUCAGUUUGAUUUCUGCAACAGCUGUAAACAGAAUGAUCUUUCCGAAAAACGAACACCUGAAAAUAACGAUGUACAUAAGCGCAGUGCUAGGAGUAUGGCCAUUUAUAUUCGAAGACAAACCAGUUUUAAGGAAAAUAUACGACGUUUACUCCAAAUGCAUUUUCUGUUACUACCUACUCUACGUUCUUGCCGCUAUAAUCCAGCUCUUCAUCAUCGUCACCGAUGAGGUGUUGGAUGUGGAUGAAAUAGUCGCUAACCUUUGCAUAACACUACUAAACUUUGUAGCAAUAUUGAGAGUCAAGGCCAUCAAGACGGAGAGAGUAAAGAAUAUCAUUCAGAAUGUAUUCAAGUUGGAAGAAAAGAUGAUGAACAGUGGAAAUGACGAAAUAAUUGAAAUAUAUAACCGGCAUGCAAGGCAGAACCAAACAUGUAAUAAAAUAUUUCUUGUUAAUCUCUACUUGGUUGAUAUUUUGUACUUUAUACACCCCUUGUACGUGGAAGACACCAUAAAGUACUACCCCAACAGAAACGAGACGGUAGUCAUCAAAGCUUUGCCUUUGAGCACUUGGUAUCCAUUUGACCAGCAAAAGCACUAUGUCCUUACUUAUCUCUGGGAAGAGAUGGACGUUUUCAUGGCCACCACUUUUAUUGGCUGCUCAGACAUCUUCGCGUUUAGUCUCAUAAUAUUUGGUGUGGGCCAAAUUAAGAUUCUGAAGUUGAUUCUUUCCAAUUUUCAAGAGUUUGCGAUGAAUAUAAAGGAUCAGUUACACUGUAGUCAGGAAGAAGCCAGCUAUAUCACCCUCAGGGAGUGCAUACUGAAGCACCAAGAAAUUAUCGAAUACAUAAAUGAAUACAACUUAAUAAUGAAGAAUAUAAUGGUUUUAGAUUUUUUACUGAGUUCUGUGGAGUUAGCUUCUGGAGUACUAACUUUGCUUGUGACGGAAAUGACUCUACCCAACACUAUAUACAGCAGUCAGUUAGCUUUUAGCUUGUUUCUUAGAGUACUAGUGUACUAUUGGUAUGCCAACGAAAUAAUGGUACAUGGAUCUGAAAUAGGAAUGGCUUUAUGUAACAGCAAUUGGUAUGAGGAAUCCGAAAGAGUGCAAAAAAUGAUGGUUAUUAUGCUGAUGAGGUGCAACAGGGAACUGUAUCUAGAGAUUGGACCAUUUGCCGCUAUGACUUUGAGAACUUUUCUAGGGGUACUCAAAGCAACAUAUUCCUACAUAACGGUUAUCUAUUGAUGAAUGCACACGAAGAAGGAUUCUCCAUUAAAGUCAGUUAUAAUUAUUUUGCGAAAUACUCACACUAA